AUGGAAUCUAGCAUGGGUGAACAUGGCGCCUUCAAGCCUGCACCGGGUGCGCAGGCUCAGGCUAAGCCUGGAUUGGAGAGCGUAAUGACAGAGCCUAGUGAAUCGACAAAACUGGAGGGUUCUCAUGGCUUUUCUGAAUAUGCGGGUUCCGGAAAGCUGAAGGGCAAAAAUGCUCUAAUCACUGGCGGAGAUUCUGGCAUUGGACGAUCAGUUGCUAUUCUGAUGGCCAGAGAGGGUGCGGAUAUUAGUAUCGUUUAUUUGCCCUCGGAACAGCCAGACGCACAGACAACCAAAAAAUCUGUAGAGCAAGAGAACCAGUCAUGCCUUCUUAUACAAGCCGAUUUGAGAGAUCGCAACUCUUGUCGUCGUGCGGUGGAUGAACAUGUGAAAAAAUACGGCUCAAUCAAUGUACUUGUCAAUAAUGCGUCGAAGCAAUACCUAUGUGCGCAAUUUGAGGACACUGAUCUGGACAAGACUGAGGACAUCUUCAAGACCAACAUCAUCCAGAUGAUUUCGAUGGCGAAGUUUGCUCUUCCUCAUAUGACACGAGGUGAUUCGAUCAUCAACACGUCUUCGGUUGUGGCUUUUCGUGGCUCUGGGAGCAUGAUUGAUUAUGCUUCAACAAAGGGAGCUAUCGUUAGCUUUACUAGGGCUUUAGCAACAUACUUGAUUCCCAAGGGUAUUCGGGUCAAUGCAGUCGCUCCAGGUGCAAUCUAUACACCAAUUCAAGUCGACACCCGAGAUCCCCAGCAGAUGGAAGGAUGGGGUCAGAAAGCUCGUCUUGGCCGACCAGGUGAGCCCAGUGAGGUUGCGACAAGCUUCGUCUUCUUGGCUAGUGCGGAUGCUUCUCUAUACUAUGGAAAAGUGAUGCACUGCUACCCGCUUGGUGACUAG